AAUCUUCACUAUCUGUAUUCUGAUGGAGCUCUAUGCAAGAAACUGCAGAAUUAUCCUUUUCCUUUGGAAGCCCUUUGGAUUCAUCUUCAAAAACACACAAUUCAGUGUUGGCAAUGCCAUAAUACAUACGUUUUCAACAUUCAUUUUCCUAUCUUCUACAACUCUUAUACUGAAUGCGAGUUCACUGACCCAUAUUCCAGAAUUCAUUUCGUCAGUUCAACCAACAAGGUUGCCAGACCACACGAGACCGUUUUGUACUUUGAUCCCACCAUAAUUUAUGGCAGUCACGAACAUAUUGUAUAUAUUUUUAUAGCACUAGUGCCGUGUGUAUUUCUGGUGCUCAUCCCAGCCUUGUUACUCUGUGUCUACCCAACAAGGAUAUAUCGUCGACUCUCACAACUCAUCAGUGCCAGAAAACAGUUGGCCAUCACCGCAUUUGCUGAAGCUCUGCACAAUUGCUUCAAAGAUGGUCUGAACGGCACUCGAGACUACAGAGCUCUUGCUGGACUCAUCAUACUAGUCCUUCCUGCAGAAGGCUUGGUGACAUACAUCACAUGGAAGACAUUUCACAACGCUGGUUACUCUAGGGAUUGCACUACAGGCUAUCUGUCAUUUGCGUUGUCAUUGGUGGUGGCAUAUGUGAGGCCAUGCAAGUCGACCCUUGCAAACUUCUCACUCAGCUAUCAUGCCUUUAUGAUAGGUGUUCUCAGCUUUGAAUCGUCUCGUUGGAUGGAUCUGACUGUUGGAACAGAAGGACUAGAGCUGACCUUGGUCGUCAUUCCUCUUAUCUCUCACAUUUUGGUGUUCUCUUGGGCAGUGUAUACCAGUGUCAAGUACAUUAGAAACCACUAUGUCUCUUGCUUUCGUUUCUGUCCCUGCAACAACUUUUGUAGUGGUUGUGUACGUGCUGUGAAUCGGUUCGUUCGUGGAGGUUACCAAAGGCUCCCAGACGCAGCACCACUGAUGGGGAUGUAAAUGACUUGUAGUGGAUUAGCUGCAUACAAAGACUGUAAAAGUUUUGACAGUUUCAACAUUGCACUGUGUAUUCUAAAGUAAAAGUAGAAAGUAAAAUAUAAAUUUUUGACACAAUAAUGUCCCACUAGAAUUGUUGUUUCGCUUUGAUGUGUAAGAGAGAGGUGCAACCAGUUGUAACGGUGCAGGUCUUAGUCCAGUAAGCCGGUUUUACUCAGAAGAGAGGCACAUGGAAACAACAGAACUGCAACGUUGUGGAUGUGUUCUGUGUGUACCUUUGUACCUGCCACAAAGUCUACAUCAGUCCAGAGGAACCUGAUGG